AUGGCCGGCAUGAGUUUGUUGUGGCCUGAUAUCAGGCGUUAUCCCUCAUUUCAAAGGGACGAUGCAGGGGAGUGGAGUAUGUUUGACUUUAUUGAUCCUCCUCGGCAUCUCGCGUUGAAACCUGCCUACCGCGCGUUGGACGAAGGAGAGCCAGAUGUGCUAAGGGUGCACCUUGAGCAAUUUAUUCUACCCGCUGUACCAGCGGAUCCCACAGCAUACGUCACCCAAUUGUCAGGUGUGGCAACUACCGCGGUGUCAGUGUCGGAGAAAAAACCUACCCGGAUAAAGCUUACCGGGAAGAAACACACAGCGAUCCAUGGGGGUAUGCCCUCCGUUGAGGAAACUUCCAGUGUUGGGCGUGAUAUUCCCCUGGUCACCGAUCUGACCAGUCCAGGUCGUGCCUUUAAGAAAAGAAAAACCUUUGUCGUACCUACUCUAAGUGCCUUUGAGGCGGUACAGGCUGCUUAUGCUUUCCCAACAGGUACCUCUGUGGGAGUGCCACCUGGGGUUGUUACACCAACACUUGUGUCGACCGUGGCGUUGACAUGUCCUAGUUCCAGUGUUAGUUUGUCCACAGUCCCCAAAACCUCGGCUUCUGCUACUGCCGCUGUGAGCUGUGUCAUGCCUCUCCCUAUUCGUACGUUAUCAGUAGCUGUGACUGUUGAUCCCCUGUCCACACUUCGGACAGGCGGUAUUGAUACACCUGUAAUUGACUCGCCCAGAGGCAUUUUUGCCGAUGUAGAUAAAGAUGUUACUACCGUAUCAGCGGCACAGGAGGUGACCAGCGUGGGUGGUGGCGAAACUGGAGGAUCGAGCAGCGGUAUUGCUGAUGACGGUGUCCGUCUGAUUGACGACCUGUUUAUACCAACCGUUCGUUGGGACCCCCAAGACAAACGCUAUCAGCCUCACUGGAAAAUCGCUGAAUCUUCAAGGCUGAUUUUCCCCCCUGUGGUUCAACACUGGGUCGAGCGGGCGUAUCCCCCUGCCGAAGCGGCGUACGUAGAGGGUUUGAACAAUGAAGAUCUGAUGAAUUCUUCAAUAUCUGACUCUGUGAGCCUACCACGAAGGUUGGUUGAAAUCCGUCGUAGGUGGAUGCAUGAUAACACCCAACUCCACCAGGCGCGAGCUACUAUUCAGGAAUUGAGGGACGACAAGCAUCGCUUAGAAGGUCAACUUCAGACUGUGGGAUUAAGGGAGGCCAGAUUCUUGUCGGAGAAAAACAAAGCUGAGGAAGAUUUGCAGAGGGUGACUAACCAUCUUGCUGAAGAACGGAUCUUGUGGGCCCGCGACAUGGCAGAAAAUGAUCGAGUGUUGGCUCAGGCCAAGAAUAUACAGGAGGAGUUGGAGCGUAAGGCCAUAGCGGAGGCUCAAAAGGUGAGACUCGAGUUAUCGGCACAAUUGGAAAAAUUUCGUGUUGACACUGAUUUUGUGUCUCAGGUUCAGGAACGGUACCAAAGCUUGACAACUGAAAUAGAAGCCUCCCAUACCAAAAUCCGGCUUAUGCAGGCAGAGCUGGAGGAACGGGAAGGAAAGGUCAAGGAGUUGCAGGACCAUUGCGAUUCACUUGUCACUCAGAAUAACAAACUUGCUGUAUCGUCAUCUUCUAAACUGAAGGAAGUGGAAAAUGCAUUGGCACAAUCCAACGCAGAAGUCGAUGAUUUGACCAGCCAGCUAGCGGCUAUGCGGGGUGACAGGAAUUGGUUGAUAACUAAUGGGCUUGUGGGGGCGUUCGAGUAUCUGCGUGAAUCGCCCCCUUUCACCAGCUUGAUUGAUCGCUUAUCCGCGGCUGCUUACCAAUCCGGGCAUCAUGAUGGUGUGUAUAAGGGCUAUAUGGAUUGCCAGCAGUUGGAUAGGGUAUCGCCGGAUUUUCAUGCUGUCAAGAGUAAACUGCAAACUGAUAUGGCAAAUGCCCUUGAAGCGGCGUAUACCGAGCCGCUGCCCUGUAAUGGCGAUUUGAUGGACAAAGUCAAUGAGGAUGGGAUAGAAUCGUUGCGUCUGAUGCUGGACCCCGCAGAGGAGUCUGAAGAAGAAUGA